CGCACGGGUGAUGAGGAUGAUGAAGGAGCUGUCAGGUGUGUUAGCUCAGGUGUGUGAGGAAGAUUCAUGACACACAUCGAUUCUCCUCCAUCCAGCUGACGCACGAUGGAUAUUUCAUUCAGUAAAUGGACGAGUAAAGUUACGGUGAACGCUUGACAUGCAGGGUGGUAAUCGUUGUGUGGAGCAGUGGGUUUAGUCCUGGAGUCCAGCUGUGGGAUGGAGAUGGAGUGCUACCUGGGAGAAAGCUCCAGUGCGCCUGCCAACACCACCAACGCGACGGCCACACCGGGAGCGGAGUUUCACGUUAAGGUGGUGAUGGAAAGAUUAGCCUUGGUGGCUCUGCUGGCCUUGCUGACGUUAUUGACGGCAGUCAUGAACGGUGCCGUCAUCGCAGCCAUUUGCACCACCAAAAAGCUUCACCUCCCUGCAAACUACCUCAUCUGCUCAUUGGCCGUCACUGACUUCCUGGUCGCCGUGCUGGUGAUGCCCAUUAGCAUCCUUUACAUCACCACGGAGACGUGGUCGCUGGGGCAGAUCGUGUGCGAGGCGUGGCUGAGCAUCGACAUGACCUGCUGUACCAGUUCCAUUCUGCACCUGUGCGUCAUAGCGCUGGACCGCUACUGGGCUAUCACUAAAGCCAUCGAAUAUGCACGCAAGCGAACGGCUCGCCGCGCGGCCGUCAUGGUGGCGAUGGCGUGGGUGAUUUCGGUGUUCAUCUCCAUACCUCCGCUGUUCUGGAGGCGUCGAGAGGAGGGCGGCGGCCCGCAGCAGUGCAUCAUAGAGCACGAUCACGUGGGCUACACCAUCUUCUCCACCUUCGCCGCGUUUUACGUCCCCAUGACGCUCAUCCUCAUCCUGUACUCGCGCAUUUACGGCGCCGCCAAGACACUGUAUCAGAAACGCGGCUCGUCCAGACAUCUCAGCAGCCGCAGCACAGACAGCCAGAACUCUCUGAAUCACUGCCGGGUCACGCACGCUUUCUGCAUCUCCGACCCGUCCAAUUCCGACAACGCAGCGGAAUUAGAACGAAACAACAUCACCAUUCGCAUGCCGUCGAUCGAUCUGGAAAUGGCGGACUCGGACGAGAGGAAUCAGAUCUGUACGUCCCGGGAGAGGAAGGCGGCGCGCAUUUUGGGGCUCAUCCUGGGUGCGUUCAUCCUGUGCUGGCUGCCCUUCUUUCUGAAGGAGCUGCUGGUGGGGCUGAAGAUGCUAAACCCGCCCCCCUACGUGUCAGACCUUCUCACAUGGCUGGGCUACGUGAACUCUCUCAUAAACCCGCUGCUCUACACCAGCUUCAACGAGGACUUUAAACAGGCCUUUAAGAGACUGAUCAGACGCAAAGGACACACAUAA